AGAGGAUGACGCGCAGCUGACGCGUUUUUCGACGCGAGGAAUCCUGGACGAAGACGAGGUUGAGUAGACUCGUUUUCAAUUUUGCGUCCCUCCUGUAUAUAAAGCCUGGGCUCGACUGUAUCCCGUUCAUCGGGAAGCGCUGUCGGAGCGCGGCGACUCGAAGAGAUUAUUUCUAUUCAGUCUAACUCUAGAGAUCUGUCGUUUUCUUUCUUGUAUACUCUGUGUGUUUUCAUGAAACUGCUGCGCUAGCGAGCACUGAUCCAAUAUGGCGUUUGUUUUAAAAUGAUGUUAAUUUGUCCCAUUUGUAUAACGUUAACGGUCUUUACUCCAUAAAGCGGAAUUAUAGUUAUCUUUGGCUUGGGCUCUUGAUUUUGAGUGCUGUGUAUGUCUGUCAGAUUGAGAAUAAAUGGAGGAGGAAGAGAGAGAUGUGGAGGAUGUUCUUCAGUCUGAGGAGAGAGAGGAUGCACAGCCUGAACACAUAAGAGAUGGACUGCAACAUGACAAAAACUCAAAAGCUGAAGAAAAUGCAGAUUUACAAGAGCUUCCACCAGUCAUUCCAGCCUCAGAAACUGUAGCAGCCAAUCAGAAGCCUUCCACAGUCCCGACGCAAACGGACAACUUAAUUAUACUUGACCAAAACGGACAUCCUAUUCAAUAUGAUCGGGUGGUGAUUGUGACAGGGGGGAAUGGACAAUUAUAUGGUGUCCCAUCUGUGUCUAUGGGGGCCGCUCAGAUGUUACUACCUCAUGGUCAGCUGUUGAAUGUUGCAAAGUCAUCAGGUGUCUUUGUGGAGAAAAGACAGCAGACAAUCAUCACAUCCAUAAAAGACAGUGAUGGCACUCAUAGUUUAGCUGCAGUGGCAGCUCAGAAUGUCACUGGUAUUAAAAUUCACAGGAAAAGUCCUCCUGAUGUAUUUGAGCCUCCAGUGAAGCCACUUCCGCCUGGGGCACCAACCUGGGCAUUGAGACUGCGCCGGUGUGAGAAGAUCGGUGACUCGUACCGUGGUUACUGUAACACAGAGGCAGAGCUGGAAGCCAUUCUGCUUCUACACAAGCAGCAGACCCACGCCGUGUUUGGCACCCGUCAGUCACCCUCACCGGCUAAACCUGCCACCAGACUCAUGUGGAAAUCACAGUAUGUGCCCUACGAUGGCAUUCCCUUUGUUAAUGCAGGAAGCAGAGCCAUUGUGAUGGAAUGCCAGUUUGGUCCACGGAGGAAGGGCGUUCAACCUAAAAAAGGGUCUGAGCAAGAAACAAAUCAAAACAUCCUCUACAAAGCAACCUGCCCUGCCAGAAUAUAUAUCAAAAAAGUACAAAAAUUCUUGGAGUACAAGGUUCCAACAGAUCCCAAAGUGGACAAGAAGGUAGUGCGGCAAGAGCAGGAGAAAGCCUUCUUCAACCUCAAGAAGACUUUAUGGGAUGUUGGAGGCGUUGAAAGGUAUUACAUCCAGCUCCCCACAGAGAAAGCCCACCUGUACCACGACGUGGACACUGCAAACCUGCCUCCACUUCCAGAGCAGAUCUGCUUCGCAGAGGAACAACAAAAUGAAGAGGAAGAGACAGAGGAGCUGGAUGUCCUGAUGGAAGAUGGGACACCCCUACCCUCUCGACUACACCCGCUCGUUGCAGAGAAGAUCUGUGAGUUGGUGGCACAAGGUCAUAAUGAGGUUUACACUGUCCGCAAGCAGCUCAGGAGGUUUGUGGAACGUGAGAUGUUCAAAUCGGAGGAAGUGCCUGAGAGACACAAUCUGUGUUACUUUCCCACUGUCAUUGACAUCAAGAACCACAUCCACGAGGCUCAGAAAGCUCUUCAGAUGACCACGGGACCAAUGGCUACCUCAGACACAGAAUGGAAAGCAGAGGCUAAUAACUUGCUUCCGGAGACUAUGACCUUGGCCCUGACUCCUGCUACUGUGGGCGUAUCCUCUCAGAAGGAAGGGCUCCUGGAAGGAAGUGACACUCUUUCUCCAGAUGCUGUGCAGCUCUUCAGCUCUCUCACCUCACUGCAGCCCAAGAUCUUUGCACAUCUCCAGGCAAUCCAGCUACAGCCUGCCUUGUGUCCAGUGGAAGAAACUGCUCAACCUACAGCAGCACCACCAGAAGCCCAAGAGCUGUCCAGCCCUGCGCCCCCACAGCCUGUCCUGCUGAGUCCGUCCCACUUCCUGCAGUCGAGUCCCAGUGCUGGUGAAAGCAUGAGUCAGCUGGUGAGCGUGGCCUUGGCCACUGAAGGUGGCAUCACACAAAUCCUGUUGGAGGAUGGACAGGCUAUUCCUGUCCAGAUUGUGGACCCUGCAAGCAUAACUUUGACUCCCUCAGCGGACGAAACUCCAGUAAAAUAGGACGGUGGAUGUGUCAGUGGAUGUGUGAGCAGAGUCAGAGGCUGGAAACACAACAGUGGGAAAAGAAAACAACAUUCUGAGCUCUUUGAUCACUGGAGGAUUCAUUCAUUGUAUCAUAUACAGUAUUAUGUGAACAUGGACUUGUAUGCAAUAUUGAUAUGUAGUAUUAUUAUUUUUUUCCCAUAUAUUAUAAUUUCCCAUUAUUGCUAUUUUAAUUUAUUAUGGUGACAACAAGAGAAAAAAGCAAUUUCUCAUUAAAAGUCUAACUGAAUAAAUGAG